AUGUCCAUCGACGACAUCUCCUUCCGAACAGAACUUCGCAACACAAAAGUCCUAGAAGGGCCCUUCCCAUCCCUCAACUUCGACAAAUUCCCCCCGACCCCACAAGAUGCCUUCAAGAACUGGUUCCACGAAGCCGUAACAGCAAACGUGCGUGAACCACACGCCAUGACGGUCUCAACAGUCAACGAAGAAGGAUGCCCAGACGCGCGUGUCCUAAUACUCAAAAACGUCGACAGUCGCGGCUGGCAUUUCGCCGUCAAGUCUGACAGCCCCAAAGGCAAACAGUUGGCUGGGAACGGGGCUACGGCCUUGACAUUCUAUUGGCCUUUGCUUGCUAGGCAGGUGAGAGUUAGGGGGACUGCUGUUGCAUUGCCUGAUGGGGAGAGUGCGCUGGAUUACCAGGCUAGACCUGUUGCUUCGAGGGUUAGUGCUGUUGCGUCGGAGCAGAGCGAGGUUCUUGGCAACCGGAAGGAUUUGGAGAAGAAGUUGGUUGCUACCGAGGAGGUGUUGAGGAGGGAUUCUUUGGCUGGAGUUGAGAAGUGGAGAGUUUAUGCUGUUGAUGCUAGUUCUGUUGAGUUUUGGCAGGGCGAUGCCAAUCGGCUUCAUCAGCGGUUGCGGUACGUUUGGAGUAAAGAUGAUUGUCAAUGGGUCAAGCAUUUGCUUUGGCCUUAG